UAUAGCUAUAGUGUCAUCUCACUGUUUUGUGAUAGAAUAGAUGCUUAUUGAAUUUUACAUGCAUAUGUAGUAGUAAUAAAUGUUAUCCGUUCAAAUAAUGACUGCUCAUAUAAUUAUUUUUGUGAUAUUUGGAUAACCAUCCAUUCUCGUUUACUUAAACAUGUGACACAUACAUGCAAUACGUGUCGGCAAUAGCAAUGAAUAUUUACUAAGUAUUGUAAUGAACUCAAACUUACACGUUCCAUUAAUUCAUUACAUGAAUUACAUAUUGUUAUAUCAGACUUGUACAUAAAAAAAAAAUGUACAUACAAACUAUGCAUCAGUGAAUGUAAUAUUACGUGUAACAUCGAAUGCAUGAGUAGAACAUGUUCCUUCGAACUCUCAUGAAAAAUUGCCUUUGUUUUUGGUUAUGACAAUUAUGAAAUUAUGUAAAAUUUAAAGACCACAUUUGUCAUGAAUUAGAGCAAUAAAAAUGGUUAUAACAAAGAACCAUUCGAUAAGUAGAUCGUCUAGUUGUUUACGAAAAUAUCGAAUACUUUUUCUAUUUGGUAUUACUGUGCUGUGUAUACAAAUUUAUUUAGCACAUACAUUUUUUGGUUUGGAGAUUCGAAAUCGAAAAUCUAGUCGAUUAUCUUCAGGAGAAGAUGAUGUAUCUCAAUCCGAAGAAGAUGAAGGAUUACCAAAAGGUUUACGUCAAUUGAAGCUUCCACCCGAUAAGCAAAUUAAUGGGAAUAAGGUCUUACAAUCUCAGCGAAACCAAACUACUAGAAUAAAAUUAGAUCAUAAAUCAUUAAACUUUCUACCGUCUUGUGAAUUUAAUGGCAGAGAAGCAGUGAGUGCUGUAACACGUGCACAAAGUCAAACAUGCAAACAGCGCAUUGUCAAUGUGACGUGCCUUAAUCAACAAGGAUUAUUAUAUCCAGAAAGAAUACAGUCUCUAUGUCAUCACUCUCCAGGAUUUGUAGAGAAACCUGUCAGUUUAGGAUGUUUCAAAGAUGACAAAGCAUUACGUCUACUUACUGGUUAUUAUCAUGUUUUUAAAGGGAACAAUUCUCCAGAUCGUUGUGCUUUCUUAUGUUUGCAAUCAGGAUACUUGUACGCUGGUACAGAAUACUCUGUCGAAUGUUUCUGUGGAAUGGAAAAACCACCACAAUUAAAACGAUUACCAGAUUCUAGUUGUAAUAUGAAGUGUCCUGGUAAUCCCAAAUAUUCCUGUGGUGGAUAUUUAACAAUUAAUGUGUUUUGGACUGGAAUUCAAAGAUUUAAAGCACAGGAAGCUAGAAAUGCAAGUACAGAAAGUGAAAAUGAAAAACCUAUUCGAAUAGCUUAUUUACUAACAGUAAACGGCAGAGCGAGUCGGCAAGUUAAACGCCUCAUUAAUAUUCUUUAUCAUCCUUCACAUUUAUUUUAUAUUCAUGUUGACGCGCGACAAGAUUAUCUCUAUAGAGAGAUGCUAGAAGUGGAAAGGUCUUGUAAAACAAACAAUAUUAAAGUAGCAACCGGAGAAGGAUUACGACAUGCGAGCAUUUGGGGUGGUGCAAGCCUGUUAACAACUCUUCUGAAGUCUGCAGAACAAAUGCUCGCGCAUCAACAUCAUUGGGAUUUUCUUGUGAAUCUCUCAGAAUCUGACUUUCCUAUAAAAAGUAAUGCACAACUAGUUCAAUUUCUGAGUUUGAACAAAGGCAUGAAUUUUGUAAAAUCACAUGGAAGAGAAGUUCAACGUUUUAUUACUAAACAAGGUUUAGAUAAAACUUUUGUAGAAUGUGAAACUCGUAUGUGGAGAAUAGGUGAUAGAAAAGUACCAAACGGUAUUCAGAUAGAUGGUGGUAGCGAUUGGGUAGCUUUAAGCAGAGAUUUUGUGGAAUAUGUUGCUAGUCCAACUCCAGAUACAUUAGUGACUGAUUUAUUAAAAGUGUUCAAAUACACUUUACUUCCUGCUGAAUCCUUCUUUCAUACAGUUUUACGGAAUUCCAGGUUUUGCAAUACAUAUAUAGAUAACAAUUUACAUGUUACUAACUGGAAAAGAAAGUUAGGUUGUAAAUGUCAGUAUAAGGCUGUAGUUGACUGGUGCGGUUGUAGUCCGAAUGAUUUCAAGCUUGAAGAUUUCAGCAGAAUCCGAAAUACUAUAGAUCGGAACUUAUUUUUUGCUCGGAAAUUUGAGUCUAUUAUCGAUCAGAGAAUUAUAGACAGAGUGGAAGAAUGGUUGUACCCUGAGAAAACUAAUGAAACCGUUAUAGCUAAAGGCUAUGAUGCAUACUGGCAAAGUUUAUAUCAUGCAGCAGAUUUGAGUCCUUUGACCGAUGAUGCGCAACUAACUAUUUCAAAUUCUUUAGCCAGAUUGGUUUUUAAAAAACUGAAAAUAAACUACGACGAGAUACAUUUGUUAGAAACAACUGCUUAUUUUAAGCAAAACCAAUAUGUUGGUAUAUUAAUUCAUGCAGAAGCUAUAAUGAAGCAGUCAUUAGUUCAACAAAAACACGUGGAAAAAGUAGAAGCUCUGGCGUAUUUAAGGCGUAAUUUUUCUACUAGCAAAGAAUGGUUAGGAAAAAUACAAAGUUUAUCAGUUAACACUGAUUAUGAUCAAAAGGAAAAAACGUUUAGAAAUUUAGUCGGAAGUAUAGGACCAUACUCAUACCCAAUUUUCCUGUAUGAAUUUGAUUCGGGAUUGACAACGCCGCAAAAUCUAUCAAUACUAUGGGUAGAUCCAUAUGGACGAUUAGCAGAUAUUAAUUAUGUACAAGUUGAAGAAAUGACAUUAACAGGGUAUGUUAAACCACAGUUCAGCGAACACCUGGUUGUGGGUACAUGGAGUUUACUUUUAGUUACUGACACCAUGUCAGUAGCAAAAGUGAAUUUUUUGGUAACUCCUUUGGGAUAUUGGAAGAACAAAAGAAUUGACCCAGAAAGAGCUAAAAUAGUAAAUAAUGCACCCGGUGAUAACUAUGAUGUCACUGAAGAUAUGAACAAAAAGUGGUCACAUUUAUUGCAUUCUGUAAAUUUUCACGAACGAACCCCAUAUAGAACCGGUGAUGAAGAUAACGUCAAUUCUAAUUUGGAUCAAUGGAUAGACAAAUUAGUACAGGAACACUAUGAAAUUGACAAAAUAUGUAAUGCUAAUGAUGUCACUAUUUCUGAACUAAAAGUGCAGAAGUGUAUUAACACUUAUUGGAGCUCAUUGAGCCCAGAUUCAAAGGCUGAUAUCAGUAACUUAUGUUAAAAGUAUCAAUUAGUUUUUUAAAUAUGUGCCAUUUUCAACACUUUUAAACUUUAACAUGAAACCUACUAAAUACGCAUAAGGUUAACAAUUUUUUUAGAUAUUUUUAUAUCAAGUAAAUACUAUAUAUAUAUAUAUACGUAUUUAUAAGAAUAUUUCAAAAGUAUAUUACAUCCAUAAAAUUAAAGAACUCUUCUUCUAUAACAAAGAUAAUUUUUUUCACUUUCCUUUGUGUAUUGAUUAUAUUUCAGUUCAUUUCGACGCAAUGGAAAGGUAUUUUCAUUAAUCGUUUUUGCGUUUAUAAAUCACACUAUGUCAAAAAAUUCAACUGCAAUAUAAAAUUUUGUUUUCUUUUUUAUCAAGGUUACGUAUACUUUUUAUUCAAUAUAAAAAUUUAUGUAAAUUUUGCUUAUGACAACAUUACCUGUAUUAUUCUAUGUGUCACAGCUAAGUAUACCCUUGUAUGUACAUUCAUUCUUCCAAAUUAAAAGGAAUGAUGAAAUUUUAUGUACUUUUACGAUCAUACAGCAUAUACAAGUGUAUUGUAUACAUUGUACAAUAAAUUGGAUACAACAUUAA